AUGGUGACGAAGUUUUAUCAGCACAUCCUGGCCCUGGUGUUUGCAGUCAAGGAGAUCAAUGAGAAUCCCAAGAUCUUGUCCAAUGUCACCCUUGGCUUCCAUAUCUACGACAGCUACAAUAAUGCGAGGAUGACCUAUCAUACCAACCUGGACCUGCUCUUCAAUUCACUUCGAUGGGCUCCAAAUUACAAAUGUGACAUCCAGAAAAAUGUCAUAGCUGUCAUUGCAGGCCUUGAUUCUGAGGUCUCCUUCCAUGUGUCAGACAUCUUAAGCACCUACAAGAUUCCGCAGGUGCCUCCCCUUUCUGUGUGCAGUGAUUACUGUCGCCCCGGUUAUCACAAGAAGAAGAAGGAAGGAGUGGAAUACUGCUGCUAUGAUUGUGCUCUGUGUCCAGAAGGAAAGAUUUCAAACCAGAAAGACAUGGAUGACUGUAUCAGGUGCCCAGAAGAUCAAUAUCCAAGCCAAGGCCAAGAUCAGUGUUUCCCCAAAACAAUAAGCUUCUUGUCUUACAGAGAACCGUUGGGGACCAGUUUGGCCUCAGCUGCAGUUUCUUUUGCUGUGAUCACAGCUUUGGUUCAGGGAACUUUCAUUAAGCACAAAGAUACGCCCAUUGUCAAAGCCAACAACCGAGAUAUCACCUAUGCUCUCCUCCUCGCCCUUCUCCUCUGCUUCCUCUGCUCUUUGCUCUUCAUUGGACAACCUACGAAGGUGACCUGCUUACUCCAACAAUCUGCUUUUGGGAUUGUCUUCUCAGUGGCUGUAUCUUGUAUCUUGGCCAAGACCAUCAAUGUGGUUGUAGCUUUCAUGGCCACCAAGCCAGGAUCCAGUAUGAGGAAGUGGCUAGGAAAACGAGUUGCCAACACCAUCAUCCUUUCCUGCUCUCUUAUGCAGGCAAGCAUUUGCAUUGCAUGGCUAGGAAUAUCUCCUCCAUAUCCAGAUUUGGACACACAGUCAUUUACUAAGCAGAUUGUAGCAGGAUGUAAUGAAGGAUCUGUUCUCAUGUUUUAUUUUGUGUUAGGCUACAUGGGACUUCUGUCCCUCAUCAGCUUGACUGUGGCUUUCCUAGCUAGGAAGCUGCCAGAUAAUUUUAAUGAAGCCAAAUUUAUCACCUUUAGCAUGUUGAUCUUUUGCAGUGUUUGGGUGUCUUUUAUUCCAACCUAUCUGAGCACUAAAGGGAAAUACACAGUGGCCGUGGAGAUCUUCUCUUUGUUGGCCUCCAGUGUUGGGUUACUGGUUUGUAUCUUUUUACCUAAAUGUUACAUUAUUAUCUUGAGGCCUGGGCUGAACAACAAGCAACUGCUCUUCACGAGAAAUAAUUAA